CGGCAGCGCGGCGCGUCAUAAAUAAAUUUGAUUUUGUUUAAACAAAUGACGAGGAGUGAAGUUUUCUUCCGGAAUCUUAAACUUAAAUGUAUAAAGCAUGUGCCCGGGUCUUUCCUAAAUUCGUAUCAGUUAGUCACUUUCUUAUAACUAUGAACAGACUUUAGUGUCCCAAGAUAAACGGCCCACCCUAUACAACACGUGUAUUUGUCGUUUUUGAACUAUUACGCGAAAAACGGCAUUAGCGUUAAAGCAUCGCCGUUACGGGGCAGACGAAAAUUUAAAUGUCCUAAUUACGGCAACGAGAUUAACGGACGCCGGCCGGCGGCCAUCUGAAACAAUGCCCUUCUACCUCUCCUUCCAUCGCGUCGCAAUGGCCGGUCCGUGUGGAAUGCACACGGAAAUUAUCGUUCGAAAGCUGAAGGACGGCCCAAGGCCGCCUCACGGUACCUCAGUCGGCACGAAGAUGUGGCCCUUGUGUUUGGUACAUCAUACGGCUCCGCCGACGGUAUUCCGGGUGCGUACGUUGCCACCCCUGGGCGAGGGUGUGCCGUCGGAAAGUGGUAUCGCACGGUUUCAUACGUUACCGGCUUCCUACGUGUUCGGUUCCCGCUACAGGAGGUAUCCCUCGGGAUACCACCACGCUGCCGUCGCCGAGAUUGGAGUUUUCGCCAAAAAGGAUAUUUACCAAGUAAAAAGCCAGAGACUGAUGUUGGCCCAGGACGAGUACAACCAUCUCAACAACGCCCUAGCAACUUUAACUACAUCGAGAACUAGUCUAUGUUCGACGACGAGUAGCGUUAGUACAAAAUACGAUCCGGAUCUAUUGAAAUCGGACGUCGCGAUGGCCAAAAAUCGAGUGUCGAGACUAAAGUCGGAAUUAGAACAAAUUAGGAACGAAAUGAACUUCACGCAGAGGGGCGUGGAAACCUUAUCCAACGUCGAACAAAAACUCAGCAUGGGCCAAGGGACGUGUUACAACAUUGCCGAGGCCCAGGCCAUAAUGGCCGAGCUAAGGAACAUCCAAAAGUCGCUGUCGUCUGGCGAAAAAGAGAAAGCGGAAUUGAUGCAGUCGCUGGCCAAACUCAAGGACGAUCUGACGAGGUUGCAAUUGUCCGAAAGCUCCCCCGACGUUUCCACGCUCAGCCUGCCCCAAGAGAAGCUGAGUACCGCGUCUCAGACGGAUCUGUCUUGCGAACUGGUGCCGAUUGGUACGCGACUGGCGGAAAUGGCGAAGAUGAGGCUAGAGUACGACGAGGCCAGGAAAAAGGUGCAGCACAUCCAGCAGAAGCUGGCCGAUCUGGAAGAAAAAGUGCAGCCCGGCCAGGUGGAGUCGGACAAGGACCGGCUGCUGUUGUUCCAGGAGAAGGAGCAGCUGUUGCGGGAGUUGCGCAGCAUCACGCCGCGCAUGCGCUCGAAGGAGGAGAUGAGCGAUAUCCAGCAGGAGUGCAAGAGGCUCGAGCAAGAUCUAAACAAAGCUUUGGAGAUGUCGAACAAGGCGAUCGCGGACCGGCUCAGGCUGCACGAGGAGAAACAGUUGCUGCUGCAGCAGCUGAAGGACGGGCUGAAACUGAUGACGCAGCUGGAGUCGCAGCUGAAAACGCUCUCGGCGAGCACGUUGUCGGUGAGCAGCAGUUCGAGCCUGGGUUCGUUGUCGACCACCAGUAGCAAGGGUUCGUUGAGUUCGGGCCUUAGUUUCACGGAUAUUUACGGAGGUCCUCAAUGUUCCGGUCCCGUCAACACCGAGAAACCGAUAGACAUGGUGGAUUUGCACAGGAGAGUGGAGCGAUUGCUGAAAAAUAACGACGGUCCCCAUAUACCGUCGCCGGGACGCUCUCAGCCCUCCUUAUCCCCAAGGAGUUCCCUCUCGUCGGUAUCGCCUCCCGUUUCGCCGAUGUACGAGAACCUGCCGUGCCUGUUGCCUCCUCCCACUUAUGAACAGGUCGAGAGAGAUAGGAAACUGCAGUCGGAUCCCGGCCAACUGGACGAAAGACUAUUGGAGGUCAGACUGUCGAGUACCGGGAGUAACGAGUACAUCAACUAUAGCCCGCAGAGGAUGCCGGUGCCUAGCUUGUCGCCCCUCACCGACCUGCUCGAGGCGCAAGUUAGUAACAUGUCCCAGGGCUCGGGUCUCGGACGACCGAGUCGCUACUCGUACGAGAGUUCGGGCGACGUUCCGCUGUCUCCUAUUUCGGAGACCCCGCCUCCGAUCGUCGACAACGACGAGCUGCUCCAGGGGCCGAGUUUGUCACGGACUUCUUCGUCUGGCACCAACACCAGGUCGGUGUCAGCGGCGGUCAGCGACGAAUCAGUCGCAGGAGAUUCAGGCGUGUUCGAAGCGUCUAAUAGAAAGCGAGCGUCCGGUAUUUUUUACUCCCAGUUGGACGCGGACACCGCACAAGUACAAAUUAAGUUAAGAUACGUAUCGACUGAAGGCAUGCUCAACGUAGUCGUAGAAAAGGCCAGGAAUUUGAGUGCGCUGUUCAUAGCGGACGGAUUGCACGUGUAUAUUAGAUUAGCGUUACUACCAGCGAACCCACCUCAGACGUGUUGCACGAAAACCGUCAGCGAUUUGAGAAAGGCGAAUUUCGGAGACGUUUUCAACAUCCCCAUCGUCGCCAACAAGAUAUUCACCAAAACGCUGCAGGUUAACGUUUGGAGCAAAAACGAAGGACUUCAGGAUAUUUGUGUGGGAUGCGCCCAGGUGAGUCUGGCCGACUUCAACGUGCAAAGCGCUACGCAGAAAUGGUACAACAUUUUGUGCCUGCAAGAGGAUCCGCGGCUCGCAUCGAAGCAGGUGUCCGAGUGGAAGGACAAGCAGAGCGGCAAAGAGGAGAGUUCCGACGACUCGACGAUCAUCUCGUCGCAGACGUCGACCCUCACGCGAAACCAAGACGCCAUCGUGCCGAACGUCAACCUCAACUUCGAAGAGUUGUACAGUUGCCUGAAGCACACGGCCGAAUACGAGAGCGACGAUAAUUCGGACGACUCGGACGACGAGAACAUCGACGUAAUGGACAAAGACGACGAGAACGCCAUCGAAUUCCUGGUCAACGAGCGAUUAGACGUGGUGCAUGAGCAUUCCGACGACGACGACGACGACGAUAGGUACGUCGACAAACAGACGAACACCGAGUGCGCUUUUUAUCCGGAACACGCGAAACAAAUGAAACUCGCCGCGGAAGGCGCGACGGAAGAGAAGGGAGCGAUCAAAAGGUCCCAGACGUUUUCGCCGAGCGCUCACAUCUCGAAGCAGGAGUACAUCUGCAAGUUGAAUCGUAGCGACAGCGACAGCGCGAUGCCUUUAUACAGGAAGGGGGGCGGGAAACCGUUCGAAAGGUACGCGAUCGAGCGGCGAUCUUUGAGAUUCAGGAGGCCGUCGUGCUCGACGACGACGCUGGCGACGAGCAAAACGCAGAACCGAGCGCCCCCUACCCCCCGCACCUCGUUAGAUCUUGAGCUGGACCUUCGGGCGCAGCACACGCGGCUCGACAUGCUGAACUCGGACCUGUCCAGGCUCAGGGAGCUGAAGCAGAGGCUGGAGGAGGCGAAGGAACGCGGCGACACCGGAUCGGCCACGUGCCUCCUCGAGAACCAGCAGUUCCAGAACUUGAUCGCGCAGGCGGAACGGUCGACGAAAACGCCGGACGAGAAGAAGGUCGAGAAGAUGCUGCGGAAGGUGUCGAAGGAGAUUUACAAGUUGAGGAAGACGAAAGCGGGAAACGGGAAGCCGGAUUUUAUUUCGUUCAAAGAAAAAAUGGCUUUCUUCACAAGGACCAAUUCAACAGUCCCGUUUUUGCCCAACGAGGAAAGCAGCACAUGUAGUACACCGAAGAAGUCGCACAAAGAAUUUAGGUCGUAUGCGGAAGAAACCGCUAGUAUUAUCAACGACGAGGAGUCUCGUGAACAGAGGGACGAAUCACUAUAUGCUUAUGUCAUAGACAGGGUACUCGGGGUCGAAGUCUGAGGUGAAACUGUUGAUGAAACAGAUGUCAUAACGGUUUGUUUCGUGAUAGAAUGGAACAUUUCUAUCAGAAACUGGAAAGCCAUAGGCGAUAUUUGUCGGGUGUUUUACGCGCCCUUGGCCAUGUUUUAUUUUCGACUGAUGUGAUGUAGUGUGCCUUCAGAUCUGAUGCUUGUCUUGAAAUGUGAAAUACUCGAAGUUUCUAAUCGGUGCAGAAAUCCAAAUUCGCCGCUCACCAUACAGUGUAUUUUUAAAUAUGAAAAUUCAAUCGGCAGCACCAGAAUUUCUAUCGGAACUUUCAAAAAUUCCCCUAAUGACAUAGGGUUUUGCUCUGUCGGCCCUUUUAUAGGGCUCGGUGGGCUGUUUAAAUGUAGGCAGAUUUAACUGCACUUUAAAUAAUGGCUAUAAUAUAUCAUACAUGAUGUACAUUUGUUACAUAACAGUUUAGUACAAUCUUUUUUUAACUUUGUUACCAUUUCUCUUAUAAAUAUACUUCUAACAAGAAAAAUUGUUCUUAAAAAGUCCAACUUUUUAUGAAUGAUCGUCAAGUUUUCUUUUAUGUUCGUAAAGCCAUAGUCUUUUACUGUUUUAGAAGUGGACUCGGAAAGAAUUUCUAAAUAAGCGAAAGACCAAAAUUAUUUAUUACCUCGGCUAUAUUAGUCGAGCCUAUAUUUUGUUAUAGCGUCUUUACGGUUACUAGUGAUUUUUUUUUUACCUGUAUUAUAUGUACAUAGUAAUUUUAAAGUUGUAAAAUAAAUAUAUGGUAUGUUUUUUUUAAAUAAAAGUAUACAUUUUAAACUGAGUAUAUUAUAUGUUCUAAUAUUAUUUAAU